AUGCCUACAUUGGCUCCUGGGAAGUUAGUCAAUGUUGGUGACAUACCUGUAGUAGUUGUACGACUGUUAGCAGAAGGAGGGUUCUCUCAAGUAUAUCUUGUGACGCUGGAUAUAGACGACCCAAAUAUAAAAACACGGCAAGCUGUACUGAAGCAGAUGCUAGUCAAGGAUGAAGCAACCCUUGAGAAAUUCAAAAAAGAAAUUGAUGUUAUGAAGCGAUUAACGGGCCACAAAAAUAUAGUAGAGUAUUUUGCAUCUGGAAUAACGGAACUGGAACAAGAUGCUGGUCCUUAUAAAUAUGAAGUACUGAUUCUUAUGGAAUACAGCUCAGGAGGAGAAGUGGUGGAUUUAAUGAAUAGCCGUAUAGACAAUAAUCGCAUGACCGAAUCCGAAAUCAUUAAUAUAUUUGCCGACGUUUGUGAGGCAGUCCUUUGGAUGCAUUCCUGUAAGCCCGCCAUUAUGCACCGAGACUUAAAGGUAGAGAAUGUGCUAGUUUCCGAGGAUGGAGUAUACAAGCUCUGCGAUUACGGAUCGGCAACUACUGUGGAUACUGUGGAUUCUAUAAUCUCUCAAGGUCGCAUAGAAGUGCUUGAAGACGAUAUCAGUACACAAACUACAUUACAAUACCGGGCACCAGAGUUGAUCGACGUAUCGCGGCAUCGGCCGAUCUCAGAAAAGGUUGAUAUUUGGGCACUCGGAAUUCUGUUGUACAAGCUUUGCUAUUAUACCACACCUUUUGAAGAGAACAGCGAAAUCAAUAUCCUGCAUGUUUCAUACACGUUUCCCAAAGCUCCACAUUACUCUCUGGCACUUCAACAGUUAAUAAGUUCCAUGUUACGAGAAAAUCCUGAUGACCGACCAAAUAUCGAACAAGUCAAAAAACGCGUCGAAGAACUGCGAAUCUCCCCACCAACAAAAAAAAAGCAACAACUCAAUGGAAAGGAUAACGCCGGUGUCAAAUCGAAUGGCUCAUCACGACGGCAUAAAAAUGAUAGGGGGGUAGCGAAGGAAUCGAAAGCGAAGAAACAUACGUAUCAGGAGCUUGAUGAAUUUGUCGACGAUCCGUACGCUGUGCCCGGUCAGAGAUCGAGGCAUCACAAAGAACCACAAAGCAGAGCUAUCUCGUAUCUACCAUACUCCAAUCAUCCAGAAAAUCAUUACGCACCCUUUAAUGAACCCAUGUAUAUUGAAGACGAUCUGGCUAGCGUUGAUCAGACAACGAACAAAAAGUCAAGUACGCUGCACGAUUCAAUUGCCAUGGAGGCGGUCGAUUAUUUGCCAAACGACUCUCAGUCUAUGGAUCAUCUAACCAGCGCACCAAAACAUGGCAGCAACCAUUUAUCACUCUCUCUGCCCUCAAAACGAAAGCAAGCGAAACGAAGUUGUUGCGGUAUUUCAAGAAGAGUCUGUGUUUAUUCGUGGUUUGGUUUCAUCAUUGUUGUUGGUAUCAUCUGGUACUUUGUAUGGCCCCGCACACCAGAACUAUAUGUUGGAGGAGCUUCAUUGCACUCAGAUCCGCAGUGGAGUAACGUUUCAUCGGUCUAUUCGCUGGAGACAUCAUGGAACAUCAAUUUCACAGCUGAUAAUAGUGUCAAUUGGGUGCCCACUCAAAUUCAAAACAUGCACUUUCUCGCUUACGACCCACUGACUGGAGCUACAUUUGGAACAGCGGACACUGGCCAUUUUGUUCUUGCAUCCAAGGCACAGACUAUUAUUACCAUACCUAUGAACAUUGCUUAUAAUACCACAUCUGUAAUCGACCCUACCUUUCAAAAUCUAUAUAAUGCCUGUGGACCACAGAAAUCUGGUAAUUACAGUCAGCAAAUUUUACGAAUUGCUUUCACUGUUACACAUUAUAUAUCUGGAAUGGUAGGGUCUACUUCAGCUUCAAUCAUGCCUAGUGGCUCCUUUGCUUGUCCUAUCAGCUAA